UUCGAUCUUCCGUCCAUUUUCAUUUGCAAAUUCUAAAAAACGACGACGGAAUACAAAAAAUCUCGCCUUUUUGUCGGUUACAAAUAUAUCUUGUACUAGAUAAUGUAAGUGAUUUACGGUUUAUGCAGUCAAAGUUUCAUUUUUACUGAAUGUGAAAUAGAACUCCGCCAGGACAGCUGUUUAACGAUCAAAAAUAACAAGACAGUAUAUGAAACUAAACAUUUGACCACAAGAUGGAGGACGAGAAUGAAUACAAGAAGCUACCGACAGACGAGAAAUGUGUCCACAAGCUCUGGAAAGCCCGUGUUGCGGGCUACGAGGAGGCCAUCAAACUCUUCAACCAGAUUGACGAUGAAAAGAGCCCGGAAUGGAACAAGUAUUUGGGGCUCAUCAAGAAAUUUGUGACGGAUAGCAAUGCUGUCGCCCAAGAGAGAGGCAUGGAGGCAGCGUUGGUGUUUGUGGAAAAUUGCGGACACGCCGGCAAGACAACUGGCGAGGUGAUGUCCGGUAUCGUGGCCAAGUGCAUCGCGGCGCCGAAGACGAAGACCAAGGACUUGGCUUUACAGAUCACCCUAAUGUACGUCGAAAUAGAGAAACACGAGAUCGUCCAAGAAGAGCUGAUGAAGGGCAUGGAACAGAAGAACCCCAAAGUGGUCGCAGCCUGCAUCACCACCAUGAACACGGCUCUCAAACAGUUCGGAAACAAAGUCAUCACCAUCAAGCCGAUGGUGAAGAAGAUUCCAGUGCUGCUAGCUGAUAGGGAUAAGGGAGUGAGAGAUGAGAUGAAAGCGCUAGUCGUUGAGAUGCACAGAUGGAUCGGCGGUGCCAUAGAACCACACAUCGCCACUCUACAAGCCGUAGUGCAACAGGAAUUAAGGGACUCCUUUACGACGGGAGGCGCUCAGCCCACCAGAUAUUUGAGGUCGCAGCAACACAGAGUGAGGGACACGCCUGCCGCGGACACCGGAGAUGGUGCGGUAGAAGACGACGACGUGGAUGCAGCGGCCGGGGACACCGCCGACAUGGACCCCUACGACCUCCUUGACCCCGUCGAAAUCCUCUCCAAACUACCUAAAGACUUCUACGACAAACUGGAAGCCACCAAGUGGCAGGAGAGAAAGGAGGCGCUAGACGCUUUGGAUAAUAUUCUGAAGACCGCGCCGAGAUUGGAGCCGGGAGAUUAUGCUGAUCUAGUCAGGGCUUUAAAGAAGGUGAUAUCAAAAGACAGCAACGUAAUGCUAGUCGCUCUCGGAGGCCGCCUGCUCGCCGCCGUAGCAUCAGGGCUCCGGAACAAGUUCCAGCCAUACGCUACAGCGUGCGUGCAGGCCAUACUAGAGAAGUUUAAGGAGAAGAAAACGAAUGUUGUCACGGCGCUGAGAGAGGCUAUAGACGCUAUUUAUCCUGCUACAAAUCUCGAGGCCAUAAUGGAGGACAUGCUAGCCGCGUUUGACAAUAAAAACCCGUCGAUUAAGGCCGAAAGCGCAGUGUUUCUUGCACGCGCGCUUACCGUGACACAGCCCGCCGCCUUCAACAAGAAACUCGUAAAAGCCUACGUCGGGGGACUGCUUAAACUCAUGGAGAGUGCCGACCCGGCCGUGCGCGAGGCGGCGGCCGAGGCGCUGGGCACGGCCACGAAGCUGGUCGGCGAGAAGAACAUCGCGCCGCACAUCGGCAAGUUGGAACCCUUGAAGGAGCAGAAGAUUAAGGAGUAUGCUGAUAAGGCGGAGAUCAAAGUGAAAGUGGCGGGCCCCAAGAAGGAGGCGAAGGGCAAAGCACCCGUGGCAUCGGCUCGCGGCGAUCAGCCCGCCAAGCCGGCACAAGCCGCGCAGCCCAAGCCGGCCAGGAAACCUGCGACAGGUGCAGCUAAAAAGGCCGGCGGUGCGAAGAAAGCGCCAGCUCGCGCGCAACCCAGCCCGCCGCGAGAGAUGGAACUGUCGCAGGAAGAAGUUGAUGCCAGGGCCGAAACUCUAUUGUCUGCCGACAUAGUUUCAGGUCUCGGCGACGGCAACUGGAAGACCCGGCUGACGGCCGCGCAAGGCUUCCACUCCACCGUCCAAGGUCUGACGGCCGAGGACGCUUCAGCUCAGGUGUUGUACCGCAUACUCAACAAGAAGCCGGGCCUGAAGGACACCAACGUGCAGGUCAUGAAGGCUAGAUUAGAAGCCUGCAAGUAUAUCACGGAGAACUUCCCCAUUUCCACCACGGCAGCAGACUUCGUCCUGCACGACGUAGUGGCCAAGCUCGGCGAGACGUCCUGCGCGUCCAUCGCCACAGACUGUCUCACAUCUCUUGCCGACGCGUGUGGCUUCGAACACGUGCUCAACGAGGGAUUGAGUUACGCUAUGGACUCGCAGAAGAAUCCUAAAGUGCAGUCGGAGAUGUUUAACUGGAUGAGCAGUGCUAUCAAGGAGUUUGGAUGCACAAUGAAAAUCCAAUCGAUCGUAGCGCAUUCAAAGAAAGCACUCAGCGCGACCAACCCCAACGUGCGAACGUCCACCGUGAACUUCCUCGGCAUACUGUCUCUGUAUGUGGGUCCGUCGCUCAUCACCCACUUCGACAGCGAGAAACCGGCCACCAAGCAGCUUAUUACGUUGGAGAUGGACAAACAUGCCAACAGUUCCCCACCUACACCUACAAGACAGCCUGGGAAAGUUAGCAAGUCUGCAAGUAAAGGCUCCGUAGGCGACGACCUGGACGAGCCAUACGAGGAAGAAGAACCAGCGGUCGUGGAGGACAGCCGGCCGCGCACAGACAUAGCGCCGCUCAUCACGGAUGCACUCGUCGCUGAGAUUAAUGACAAGAACUGGAAGGUCCGCAAUGAAGCUCUCGACAAGUUAAAAGCCAUCAUCACAAACUCGUCACCGAUCAAACCGACCCUAGGCGAGCUGCCGCCCGCUCUAGUCGCUAGGCUGCUGGAUUCCAACUCCAAGUUGGCUCAGAGCGCGCUACAGAUCUGUGAGCAACUCGCAAACGCUAUCGGGCCGAAAUGCAAGACUCAUGUUAGGACGUUCUUCCCUGCUUUCUUCCAAGCAUUCGGCGACAACAAGCAGUGGAUCCGCACGGCGGCCGUGUCCUGCGUGUCCACGUGGUGCGCGACCGCCGGCCCGCACGUGCCGUUCGACGGAGAGAUGGUCCUCGACGCACUCAAAGCCGGCUCUCCUGUGCUCAGGGCUUCACUGCUGCAGUGGCUGGCGGAGCAUUUGCCCAACGUGCCUCCAAAAUCAUUCCCCCGUGAGGAGUUAUCAGCCUGCCUGCCCACUCUGUACGCGUGCAUCGAGGACCGCGCCGCCGACGUGAGGAAGGCGGCCGGGGACUGCGUGCUGCCCUUCAUGCUGCAUCUAGGCUACGACUCCAUGCACAAACAGCUCGAGAAACUGAAGCCGGCCUCGAAGCCGGUGGUGCAAGCGGCGCUGGACAAGGCGCGGCCCAGCCUGCCGGUGCAGCCGCUGCCCGGCAAAGGCAAGAAAGAGGAGGCUCGCGGUGUCAAGACUGCCGGCGCUCUCAAGAAGGAGGCCGAGAAGAAGGGCGCCGCUCCUGCUAAGGGCAAGGGCCCGGUGAAACCAGCAUCAGCGUCCAGCCGCGGCAAGAAAGACGACGAGGACCUCACCCCGCUGCUGCCGCAGAACAACGCAAAGAACCAGCGCAUUAUUGAUGACCAGAAACUUAAAGUGCUGAAGUGGAACUUCACAGUACCGCGCGAGGAGUUCUUUGAGCUGCUGAAGGAUCAGAUGGCGACCGCGGGGUUGAACAAGCAACUGGUCGCUAACAUGUUCCAUAAUGAUUUCAGAUAUCACCUAAAAGCCAUAGAGUCCCUCUCGGACGACCUCCACGAGAACGGGCCGGCGCUCAUGUGCAACCUGGACCUGGUCCUAAAAUGGCUGACGCUGCGCUUCUUCGACACCAACCCCUCCGUCAUCCUCAAGGGGCUGGAGUACCUCGCUACGGUCUUCCAGUUCCUGAGUGACAAUGAUUAUACCAUGGCUGAGUAUGAGGCCAAUUGCUUUAUACCGUAUUUGAUAUUGAAGGUCGGGGAUCCCAAGGACACCAUCCGCAACAGCGUCAAAGCCCUGUUCAAGCAGAUUUGCGUCGUCUAUUCCGUCACGAAGCUCUUCGGGUAUCUAAUGGAGGGCCUGAAAUCAAAGAACGCUAGGCAAAGAGCCGAAUGUCUGGAGUGCAUCGGAAGCCUGAUCGAGACUUACGGCUGGACGGCGAUGUCUCCAUCCGGCACGGUGGCGUUAAAAGAACUCGCUCGACACAUCGGUGACCGGGAUAACGCCGUCCGCUCCGCCGCGCUCAACUGCGUCGCUUGCGCUUACUUCUUGGAGGGAGAGAAGAUCUACAAGAUGAUUGGACAGAUCUCGGACAAGGACCUGUCGCUCCUCGAGGAGCGAAUAAAGCGAGCGAGCAAGAAUCGCAGCGCGGAGAUACGCAGGUCGAUGGUAGUGCCGCUGUCGGCGACGGGGCGGCCUAUACAACAGCAGGCAGAGGAAAUGGAACCCCCGGUCGAGGAGGAACCACCGCAGCAAGAGGAAUAUGAGGAGGAGGAGGAGGAACCCGCUCCUCCACCGCCGAUGAGAACUGUGGCCCCACGCGUCAUCACCGGGCCGUUCGGGCUGGACCCGGAGCUGAUCGCCAAGCUGGACGCCGCCGUGCCCGUGCUGCGCCGCCCGGAGCUGCCCGAGCACGACCUCAAGUUCCUCGACGAGCCCAUCCCCGUGCGGCCCAACAAGCCCGUCACACAGACUGUAGCACCCGCCAGCAUGGUGCUCACGUCGCCGCACCACACAGCGCCGCACCCGCUGGUAACACCGCAGCCACCCACCGUGGACGACUCGCUGCUAGCCGACACCAUACACUCCAUCGCCAGUCCGGACCUGAAUGCCGCGAUCCGAGCGAUGUCGCUAAUCUCCAACGCCAUAGCGUCGGGGCGCGGCGCGGCGCUGGGCGCGCACGAGCAGCGGCUGGUGGGCGCCGUGGCCACGCAGAUCCGGCGCCUGCGCACCUCCGCGCGCCCGCCGCUGCAGACGCUGCCCGCCUACAAGUGCAUCGCCGGCGCGCUCAUUGCGUUCUACGAGUCCGGCGGCUGCGGGAUGAACGUAGACUCCACCGCCCUCUGUUCCCUGCUCUGCGAACUACUCCGUCUAUUAGGCGGCGGCGCCGUAGCCACAGGGCCGGACGGGGAGCGACUCGUGCGCAUACUCAACAACGUCUGCGUCAGAGUAUUGGAACACUCGCCGCGGACACAACUACUCUGUGCCAUCGUGUCCCUCCUCCACGAGUCCAUCGGCGUGACGGACCCCGCCUACCCUCGCUACCAAGACCUGCUACUCAAAUGCUUCUGGAAGACCCUCAAGAUGAUAUCCACGUGGGACGCCAACUCGAUCGAUUACGAUGCCGUGUUGUACAAGAUACACCUGUUCUAUAAGGCGUAUCCGAAUAGUUAUUGGAAGAAGAAUCCCGACAUCAGCGACACUCCGUACAGAACUGUAAAAACGCUGGUGCACACUCUAGUCAAGAUGAAGGGCGGGUCCAUCACCAGCCACCUCACGCAGAUUCCCGACGUCAACGACUCGGACCUCUACCCCUACCUGUUGAAAGUGCUUAAGCAACUAAAACUAGAUGAAAAGAAAGAAAACACGCCAGACGCCCUAAACGGCGCGUCACUGCUACAAUCCAUGACGGGUAACUCAGCGCCGCUGAGCGCGACUUCGAGGCUACCUCGCGCUGUUCACGAGGAACUGGCGCUGAUACUGAAGCGUAUAGGCAGCAAAGAGCACAAUAGGGAGGCACUGGCACAUCUUUACGACCUACGCGAGCGGCACCCCGAAGUGGACAUCUGGACGUUCAUGCAAGGCUCUUCAUUCUACUUCCGUAACUACGUGGAGCGCGGGCUGCGCGAGGUCGCCGAGCAGAGGAAAUUGAACUCUAUGCCUAUGUACAAACACGACUACAAGUCGGAAAACAUUGAUAUUAGUAACGAAACGGAGGAGAAAUCUCAUUUAGUAUUCAUGGAGCGAUUAAGAGCUUUGCAGGCCAAAGCGGGCAUGAAGACAGAGUCAGCGCCCACGUCACAGCCACGCACGCCGGUGGACAACCGCGGGCUGCAGGACUCCAUCAUCGAGCACAGCCUGCCCCGCGCGCACAGCAUCGACCCGCAGCUAGAGCUCCACUCGACGCAGUCGAUGUCGCACAAGAACGAGGCGGCAGUAGACGCGCUCCGCCUCAAACUGCAACAGAUCAAAAGCUCCUCCAAGAGAUAAGGACGCCGCGCUCUCUCCAGGCAGCUCUCUGUUCCCGGCGUUACGGUUAACCUUUACGACGUCUCGUCCAUACGUGAAGUACAUUGACAUAGAUAUCUAGGGACUAGCUUUACGGGCAAAAAUAAUGAGGCACGACAGGGGCCAGCACAGCGGUGUGACACCGCUACAACGCGAUUGGUUGAUGAGUUCGCAUCACGCGCGCGAUUGGUUGACGAGUUCGCAUUACGCGCGCUAUUGGUCGCAACUAGUUGCGUUAGACAGCACGAUUGGCUGGGAUUCGCGGGUAACACCGCUGAACUAGUACCAUUUUUAGUGCCCCAUUAGUCUGUCCUUAGACAUUAUACGUCAAUGGUGAAGUACAAACGUUAACCUCGUCAAAAUCCGUUAGAUUUUUUUUUAACAAGCAGAUAAGUCUGCAUCUGCUAUUAAGCUUAGAAUAAAUUCAAAAGUGGAAAGUGGCUGACUAUGGAUUAGGUCUUGGUGGCUUAGUUGGCAGAACGCUGGCGUAUCCAGAGCGAUCCAGAGGCCGUAAUUUUUCCUUUUUUUAAUUAAUCCAUUAGAAAGUAAAUCUAUAGAAAAUGCGUGAGUUAAAGUCGAACUUUUUGCGCUUCUUGAGUUUUCAUAUCACGUCACCAUUCUCGUGCGACGAUGGCGUAUUAAAGGUUAAUGUUCUUAUCGAUAUUAUAUUGGCAAUCUUGUAGAAAGCAUUACCUUUCAGACCAGCAAAACUUGUUUAUCCCAACUGAACAUGAAAUCUAGUAUUUAUAAAAAUCAGUUAUGCAGAUCUGUGCAAGUUGGAUGGGUCUGAAUGGGAUGGAAGCAAUAGGUACUUGUUGUCAUUGUAUGGGUAAAAAUAUUGUGCACUGUUGUUUUUAAACUUGCAUGGUAAAGUUAUCGAAAUGACAACAAGACAUCACAAAAUAUAGAUUGCCUACCUUAAUUCAAAUCGACAAUAGGAAACAUGACAAUUUCAUGGACCCACAUUCAAUUUCUUAGUUAGUUCCUAUCGACCUUAGUAUUAAUUAUCUUAUAAAAGGCCUAUGUGUUUGGAAUUGGAAAUGUUAGCGUCCACGACUUGAUGAAACGUUUACGCAUGACGUGAAAAACAGCCUAUACAGGGUAAAAUAUGCUUCAGACGUGCGUAAUACGGUUCAUUUUUCAAUAAACAAAUGAAUUGUCUUGUGUAAAUGAACUAACUAUUCUUUCAGUUGUGACAUUGUUAGUUAUCCAUUUAGGGACUACUGCAUUAUAGGAUGACUUUGUUAGAUAUUUCUCCGGUUAGAUUGGCUUUUAGAUGUUGGUCUUAUGUUUCGCUAAGCGGAACUACGCAUGCUCGAUAAACAGGUCUACAUCGAGUAAGUUCUUGAAAAAAAAAAACUAUUAAAAUCGUUAAAAGAUUUUACGUCAAUCUUGAUAUUUUUACAAGCUUUUAUUUAACUUGCCUUGUUACUAACUGUUGCACUGUUAGUAUGUAAGUUUGUUAGUUACCUAGUGUGGGUCAAAUCUUGGAAGCUUAAUUUUACCCACUUCCCGAUGUCCGAUUGAGCUGAAAAUUUGCAUACAUAUGUAAGUCGGGUGUCAAUGCAAUGUUAUGGUACCAUCGAGCUGAUCUGAUGAUGGAGACAGGAGGUGGCCAUAGGAACUCUGUGAUGAAACAACGCAACGUAAUAGUCUUGGGGGUUUUUAGAAUUGUCUCGAUGAGUAUUAGUUGCCUGUGGUAAGAAAAGUAAAGUCGGCGAGAAAUAAGGCUUGUACCAAACAUGAAAUUUUUGCCAUAGACUUAUUUAAAUGUAUGUUCGAUGUAGACUUGCUUAUCGAGAAGCGUGAAACAGCGCAACCUAUGUUGUCUUGCCUGUAAUAUUCGUUAAGUCGGUAUGACGGUCGUUUUUAAAUAAUGACGAAUGAUUUUAAACAUUAGCGAGGUUAAACUAAUGAUAUUCGACAUGAGAUGUAUACUUAUUUCUAAAUCGUAGGUUGUUAACCAUCGUGUCUUCAAUGUUAUGGAUAUGUCUGUGUUUAAGCACUAGAUUGCACUGGAAAAUGCCCAAUACAUAUUGUGAUCGUAUCUGAAAUGAAACAUUAAAAUUUAAAUAUCAUCUUCAUUAUAACUUAUCUGUAAAAAUCUUGUAUUCGCCGACUACUAUAAGCAGUUCGUAAUAACCAUGAUAGAUCAAAUUUAUCUGUGUAUAAAUUAAAUAUUCAGUAAUUUUGUAACCAUGUAAAACUAGCCAAAACACAAUAUUCACGAAUAUUAAUAUCUAUAUUAGUCUAUAGACUAAUUCCAUUGCUAAAAUCUAUAGUGCUAUUAUUUUGUAUGUUUAUCAGAUCAAUGUAGUUUUCAUCGCGCAUGAAGACUAUUAUUGGCGAUUCACACGUAUUCUUUUAAUGGAUAUUGUUAUAUAAAUAUGUAUGAUGUGAUGUAACUAGGUCGGGAAUCAUUAAUAUUUAUCGAUACUGCGGGACAUUUUAUCGGUAACGGUGCAUCCACACCGCAGUUAACUGUCAGGCAUGGCUCACUCCGCGAUUUCGUUGCGUCGCUAUAAGUACAUGCGGCCCACACCAAUUUUGGUGUCUAACAGUAUUAGUUGCCACGCACCUCUACGGAACGGACGCCUGCUUGCGCCUCCUAGCGGUCAUAUCUGUCGUUUAGACACGUUUUGUUAGAGAGUGAACCUUCUGUACCUAGUAUUAUUAUUUAUUCCGUGCUUCUGUGAAGCAACAGUAAGUAACUGUAAGUUACCCUUAAGUGCCACUUGCACCAUUCCAGUAAACCGGGGUUAAUCCGAUAAACCGUUAACCCAGUGUCAAAUUGUACUGGUAACCAUGGUAACUCCAGGUUUAACCGGUUAACCCCGGGUUAGUGGAAUGGUGCAAAUGGCGCUAAGUGGUGUGAAUGCAUCUAUAGCAUCUUGUCUGUUUUAAGUCCUUGCCUAAUUCCUGAUCUAGUUUUAAUUGAGCGUAUAGAUGUUUCUAAGACUGUUUUAAUCUAAUACUCAUGUUAUGGUUUAUCUUGUGUUGGUUGAAGCGAGUAGAGGUCAUCCAGUAGGUUUGUAAAAAACUUGGUUAAGCUGCGAUGAGGCCAUAGUUUAUAGUUUAUUUUACUACAAAUAUUACUCCAGUUUUUAAAACAAGUCGGAAUAUAGCUAGACUGAUAUGAUUUAAAAUAAUGUUAUAAUUAUAGUAAUUUUGCGACUUGUGGGCAAAACUAAACCUACAUAAAAAAUAAAAAAAACAUUCCCUUUCCAGUAUUGGUUCGAUGUACAAAAUGUUCAUAUCUCAUUCUUCAUUCAUCAUGUAAACUAGUCGCCCUAUUCCAUUAUAAAACUGUUAGUUUGGGGCGUGAAAGUAAUGGUUCUGUAUCGUAUUCAAAUAGACCACUUAGGCUGAUAGUAAAAUUACUGUUACAUAUAUUUUCAUUAUCACGUGUCCUUUAGGUAUAGAAGUAGCAGUCGAUGACUGGUUGAGCGCCUUAUCAUUUGCCUGUUUAAUGUUUUAAGCGCCCUAGUUAUAGACGCAUUAUAAAAAAAUACACAGUGUGUAGGGCAGUUUACAUUACAAAUGUAGUGCAUAAUGUAAAUCUCAGUACUUUUUGUACCGAGACUGACUGAAAUAGCAAGACACGUUCGUUAGUUUGCGUAAAAAUACGAUGGAAAAUAAUGAUGCACUACAUCUGUAGUAUUAGCAUUCAACAGAAUGCUUUAUACAAGGGCCUGUUGAAUGCUUUGAAGGCUCUUCAGUGUAUACGCGUUUCAAAUGCAGCUUUUAAAUAGCGUAGCGUCUUUUAUAACUAGGCCGUAUUUGCUAUGCUUUAGAAGCAUAGCAAUGCUUUAAAAUCUAUGUUAUAGCCCAAUUAUUCAUAAAAACGCGUUACUGGCGUGAAUUAGCUACGAAUCGUUUGUCUUUAUCUGUCAUUUUGACUUAUGGAUUUGUAAGAAAGGGAUAAAACAUAAUUUAGCUAAAUCAGGCCCGUAAGGUUUUAUUAAUAAGGGGGUAAAUCUUUAUUGAUUGUGUCCAAAACUGAAGGCAUGUUUAUAUUUAAGCCUUGCUUUGUUUCUUUAGUCUAGCGGUUGUAUCUUCUUUAUUGUUUUUAACAGAUUUGACUUCAUUAAUUACUAGCAUUUAUUUAUUACAUGUAAAUUAAUGUAUUAAAAUCAUGAUUACCUAUUAUUAAUUAUAAAGUUCAUACGACACUGAA